UACACAGUGUUAUAAGGAACAAGGAUCUGUAGAGUAAAAGUAACGUGCUCUCUUAGAAUUUCUCAUUCAUCGUUCAGACGGUCAAGCGAACGAGUCACUAAUAAAUUCAGUGUCUUGAAAAUUCUGUUACGGGAGCUAUAAGAAGUUACCAACCAUAAUUGAUAAGAUGUUCCUCCUUGUCAUAUCAGGGUUUCUUACACUCCUAUUUGUGUUGCAUUACUUUACACGAUAUGGCAGAAUAGGAAAUAUUUCUAAUCGAAUUGCUGGACCGAAAGCAUUUCCCAUAAUAGGAAAUUUAUAUCAUCUUCAAAUUGACAAUGAACAAUUACUAGAAAAACUUUGGAAAAUUAAUAAGGAAUUUUCUCCAAUUAACAGAUUGUGGUCAUUAUUCUUUUCAUUAAUAACUAUAAUUCAUCCGGAAGAUGUCGAGAUACUUUUGAAGAGUACGCAACAUCUAGAAAAAACUAUACCUUACAAAUUUUUACAACCUUGGCUUUCCACUGGAUUAAUAACUGGAGCAGGAGAAAAGUGGCAAAACCGACGAAAAAUUUUAACGCCAACCUUUCACUUUAACAUCCUUAAACAUUUUGUUGUCAGUUUUAACGAAGAGGCACAGUAUCUCGUAACAUUACUGAAAGAAGAAGGAAAAGGAGGAUCAAUUAUCAAAGAUUUACAGGAAUUUUUACCUGUACAUACUUUAAACGCGAUAUGCGAAACGGCUAUGGGAACCUCCUUAAGAGGAACGGGCGAAUUUGAAACUAAAUAUCGCCAUGCCGUUCAUGAUUUCGGCAAAAUAGCGGUCUAUAGAGUAGCAAGACCUUGGUACCAUUCCGAUACAAUAUUUGCAUUAUCGCAACGUGGUAGACAACAAAAGGAAUUGUUGAAAACGCUUCACGGUUUUUCGAAAAAGAUAAUAGCAGAAAGGAUACUAUUUCACGAACAAACUAAGGGGAAAUAUUUACAAAAUGUUGAAGAAAUGGAUGAGAAUCAGAUUUUUUCCGAAGAAACCGACGAAAAAAAUAAAAAUCCAAUAUUCAAGAAAAGACUGGCUAUGCUAGAUCUACUUAUAGCCGCUUCACUGAAUGAUAAUCAAAUAGAUGAAGAAGGAAUACGAGAAGAAGUCGACACUUUUAUGUUCGCGGGUCACGAUACUACGGCAAUGGCGUUAUGUUUUGCUCUGCUUCUUUUUGCAAAACACAAAGAUGUUCAGGAACGUAUAAGAAAUGAAGUGAAUACGGUUAUGCAACAAAGUGAUUGUAAACUAACUAUUCAAAUGCUUCGAGAAUUUUCGUAUUUAGAAAGAUGUCUCAAAGAAUCAUUACGUUUAUAUCCAAGCGUUCAUUUUAUAGCUCGUUAUAUAUCUCAAGAUCUGCAGCUGAAGAAUUUUUUAAUCCCAGCCGGUUCAAUCUGUAACGUAAACAUCUAUAGCUUACAUAGAAAUCCAAAUAUUUGGAAAAAUCCUGAUGUUUUCGAUGCGGAUAGAUUUUUAGCAAAAAAUACAAAAGGACGUAAUCCUUAUUCCUUCAUUCCAUUCAGUGCAGGACCAAGAAACUGCAUCGGGCAGAAAUUCGCAAUGCUUGAACUCAAACUUAUGGUAGCUUACAUAUUGCACAACUUCUAUUUGGAACCUGUUGAUGAACUGGACGAAGUUAAAAUGAUAGGAGAUACUAUAUUAUGCUCAUCAAAACCAAUUCGUGUCGAAUUUAUACCUAUAAAAUAAUAGUACAUCAUCUUUAUCGGAAUUGCAUGCAUCAUUUCGAUGGUGUGAUUUAUAAGGCGAAAUCAUCAUAUAUAUAAUGUUGGAAUACGAAACAUAAUUACAUCUUUUUUCUGCUUAUUUUUAAUCUCUGUAUUUAAUUUCUCUUUUUUUUCUCUUCUCUCAUUCCUUAUUUUGUUCAAUUCUUUCAUAGCUGACACAGUGAUGUAACAUUACUUCUUCAAUGUAUUAUUUAAUCCGAAUAAUAUUGUUUGCUAGA